UGAAGUGAUACACGGGUCAUCAGUAGAACUUCUUUGCUGUUGUAUUUGCUACUAUUUACAAUGCUAGGUAAAAAGUCUGUCAAGGAGAAAAAAAGAAGACACUCUCAGGGAGAGUCACGAGAAGUGGAUAGAAAACGGAGAAGCACCGAAUCCAGCGUCGAGGAUGCAAAGGAGGAGCCGGAGGCAGCAGAGGCGCCCGUUCAGGAGGAGCCCAGUGACACCGAGGAGGGUGGACUGGACCUCAGCGUGCCUUUCAAGCCCAUCAGUGCCUACGUAUCCGACCGACCGGAGAUGCUGGAGCAAUGUUUCCGCGUGCUAGGCGAGAACAAACUCAAAAAGAUGCUCCCGGAUGAGCUAAAGGAUGUGCCAUUUGAAGAAAUCAAGAAGCUGUGUGGGGAACAACUGGAGCAGCUUUCUCCCAACAACCUGCUGGAAAUCCUGGAGGGACGAGAGGUGUCCGAGCCCGAUGCUGAAAACAAGAGCAGCACUGCUGCGGAUAGCCAGCAAGACAACAACGUCGACUCAACCUCCAGUGCCAAAGAAAACAGCGAAGUGGAGGAACUCAAGCAAAGUGGAGGGUCUGGGGAGGAAAGCGAUGUCCUGAGCAUCAACGCAGAUGCCGACGACAGUGACAUCGAGGGCCCCAAAGAGGAGAAGUCCCCGGAGGAGGCGGAGGAAGAGUCCGCAGCAGCUCCCCCCUCAACCCCACCGGCACAGGAGGAGGAGGAGGAGGAGGAGGAGGAAGAGGAGGUGAAGAAGAAGAUGAUGAAGAUGGAGCAGGCGGAGAAGAAGGAGGACGAGCCUCGCCUGGAGCUCCAGCAGGACAUCGAGCGCAGCGUCAGCGAGAUCCUCGCGCUGUCCGUCCCGGCCGAACCCCCGCCGCUGCCGCUGCCGCCGCCGAGAGCAGCGCAACCCGCACAGCCCCGCCCUCAGCGGCCCGCGCAGCCCGAUUUCCCAGCAGCCUCUGCGGUGGCGGCGGCGGCGACGGCGGCAGCAGCUGCGGUCGCUCAUCCCUCGGCCCAGCAGCUGGAGCUCCUGGAGCUGGAGAUGAGAGCGCGGGCCAUCAAAGCCCUGAUGAAGGCCAACGACACCAAGAAGCAGGCCCUGGCCCCAUGACCUGUCCCUGGGGCCCGCGAGGUGACCCUAUCCUGGGUCACGCGUGCUGCAUUCUGGGAGGGUAUGACCAUAGAUUAGGAACCCUUUGGAAACAUCAUGGCAGCUCUGUCAGCCUAUGACUUUAUGAGGAGUUUCUUCAUAAAUAUGCAAUGCAUUCUGGGGGGGAGUUACAGUAGUCCCAGUCCCUCAUAACAAGCAGAAGGUUAUAGUUAUGUUAGCUUUUACACAUGCGAUGAGUCCUGCAAUUGUUCAAUUCUAGAUUGCCCAUCAGCUUUUAAUUGUAGGACAUCACACAGGUGUGUUAUCUGACAACGAGGAAGGGUGAGUUGUAGACAGGGCUUUACAUGGAGAGGGCCACCACUGAUAAAAUCUGAGCCGUGUGUCUGAAUAUUGACGAUGCAUAUUGUGUGGGCCAGUAUCUACAGAGAAACAGGCGAUCAGUCACGUACAUGGCUAGCCCAAAGGAUAUUUUGAAGUUUGGUUAAGUAGAUCUGAUGGUAAGAAGCCAGAUCAUCAAUAACGAAAGCUAGCCCAGGAACUUGUUAACGUUCAGGCAGCCGUUGAAGAAAUUUCAGUUCUAUGAAGUUCAAUUUCAGUUACUUGUUUUGUUAUUGCUAACAGAGUGUUGGGUGUAUGAUGAAGUUAGCCUGAGGUUGUGUGUAUGCUGUAUUGAAAGGGUGUAUGAAAGUGUCCCUUGCAUUUCUAGUGCCAGUCAGUGAUAAUUUCAAACGCAGACCUUAGAGACCUGGCAGGGUUGUACGCUUGUACAGUAGAGCCUGUGUCUCUGCUCUUAAUUUUUGCUCAUAUAUAUAUAUUUUUUUUCUUUCAUCAAUUUAGCUUGGAUUAAAAGGACAGAUCAUAGAUAGAUCAGGUGUAUUAGAUUUCAGUCGCUAGCUUCAAAGGUCAAAGAGGACAAGGCAAGGUCACAUGUCUCUCAGAGUAGUUACACCAUGUGCAUGGGCUUGGGAAUUAGAGUAGGCCUACAUAUAUUUAGCCAUCACUGGUGGAAACUUAUGAUCUUAAAUGAAUCAAGUUACAUUUUCUCCAUUUGUUUUUUUCUGUUUUCUUCUCAAUAAAAACAAUGUCUGUUAUGCCACUGAUGGUCAUAAGGAGAGAUGAGACCGGUAUGAGACAAUCUGAACAGGAUGUACUUUGGUGGCUUUGAUUUUUUUUAUUUUAUUUUUUAUUUAUUUUAUUUUAUUUUUUUGCUCUGCCAAUGAUUGGAUCUGUUUUAAAGUGAUAUUUAGUUAGCUACCCCAGAGAUUUACUUUGCCUUAACUUUGUUUCCCAUUAACAUAUUGCAAAGAAGAAUUUAUUUGGGACAUUUUUUUUUUUAAUUCUUAUUUUUGUUUUUAAAUCACCCAAAGCUCCUUGGUUCAAUCUCUGUUUUCUUGCCUUUAUUACACUUGUUAAGUGUUAUUGUAAAUAUGUUGUUGAAAAAAACAUAUAUUACAUUGAAGACAAUAUGAAUAUGUUUGAUUAAAAAAUCAUGCCCAGUUCUUAUGGGUUGGAAAAGAGAAUUAUUGUGUGGUUUGUCAAAAAUCAGUACAGACGUGGAGAAAUCACACACAUUGGCUAGUAUUUAAGUGAGUUUAACAAAAGCAAACCAGCAAUGUUUCUGAAAGUCGAGGACAUACUCACCAAUGUUCUCUCUGUGAUUUAUUUGGCCCAUGAUUGGUUGAUUUAACCAAGAAAUCAUAGAAAUAUUGGUUCCUUGGUUAUGCCAAAGUUGUUGCCCAAUGGUCCUUAUGUUGCAUGCAUUUCCCUAGGUGGCCACUAGAGUGUAGUGUCACACUCCUUUAUGGCUCUAUCAUUGAAAAUGGUGCUGUUUUGAAACCCCCUACACAUUUGGUGAGGUGAUUGUGCCACCACCUCCUAAUCAUGAAGUCUGAAGCUGAAUUUCAGAUGUGAUGUAAUCUGAUUGGUUGCUUCUGAAUAGUUUCUUUACAGUCUGUUCAGUGUGUUUAUUUGGGAUCUGCUGUUAUACAGUAACACUUACAUUUGGGGGAAGUAAUCUCAAAUGUUGGUAAAUGACCUGUUGCAGUUGUUGAGUAGUGAAAAAUGAUGUGUACACUCUCUGUAGUUGUGAAAUUCACUUGUGGUUAUAUAGUUGCAAGUUGCUACACUGAAGAGGACAUAAGUUUAAUAAAUAAUUCACCAAUUUGAAUGAUGAGUGAAGUGCAAAGACUGACUGAAUUUAAUAACCACCGUUUUCCCGACUAUUAGCCGCGGCUUAUACAUUGGUGCAGUUAAUAUGGUGUUAAUGUG